AGUCAUACAGCCAGUCUAAUAACAGCACACAUAAGACAAGAGAAUUAUGAGAAAAGAAAGAGAAAACAAAGAUCUUGAGGAGAAGAUAUUCAAGCAGUAAAGAUUUAUAUAGUUCAGAAAGCAGUGAUGUUUGAUGUUGGACUAAACCCAAUUGAGUGGGAGCUAAACCAUGGAAGGUAAGUAUACCUUAGGUACUGUUUGUUUAUUCGCUCUCCACUCCAUCUCCUCUUGAUAUUGACUCUCAGAGAACAAUCCGUAUUCCAAGGGUUAUUAAAUAUCUCUGAUCCUCUAUUUGCCGAGAGGUAACUCACCCAUAUAUAUGUAUUGCCAGCAGCUCAUUGACUGAGAAUUGGCACCACAUUUGGCCAAUUAAAACAGCGGUUUUGGUGUUUGGCUAGCCCUAUCCUAGGCAUCGCGUGGAUAUUUACAUCCACCUUCUCUUCAAUUUAGAUAUAUCCACUUCAGCUUCAACUAGCUUGCUGUGCAUUACAUACGAACAUCAAUUCCCCCUCUCAUACACAACAAAAACUCCACCCAAGAAAAUCAUUUCCUCUACAGUUAAAAGAACAAGGCCUAUCUUCCUCCCUCGCCAUCAACAUGGCGCUGCGGGAUCACGACCUGCCCUCCGAUGACGACGAGAACGGCGCCCUCUUCGCCGCCCUCGAAAGAGAAGAAGAUAACCCCUCCUACAAAGCCCAGCGCAUCGAGCAACUACAAUCAGAACUAGCCUCCCGAGCCCAGCAGCAGCAACAACAACAGCAACAACAAAAGGACAGCAACAGCAGCAACAACGCCGCAACCCUCCAAAACACCCUCGUCCCCACCCUCCCCUCUGACCAGUCGCUCCUCGACUUCACAACCCGCCACCCGCGCUGCGUCAUCCACUUCUCCCACCCCGACUUCGCCCGCUGCGCCGUGAUGGACAAACACAUCCACGCCCUCGCCUCGCUGCACCACGAGGCCCGCUUCGCGACCGCGGAUGUGCGCACGAUCCCGUUCGUCGUGGAGAAGCUGAAGGUUAAGGUGCUGCCGUGCGUCAUUGGGUUUGUGGACGGGGUGGGCGUGGAGAGGAUUGUGGGGUUCGAAGGGCUGGGGUAUGGGGGCAGGCUGGAUGCUGAUGAGGAGUUCCGGACUGGGGAGUUGGAGAGGAGGUUGCUGGGGCGGGGGUGUUUGAUUAAGCGGAGGAUUGGGGAGGGCGAUGAGGUUGGGAGUGAUGUUGAUGGGGAGGGGGAGGAGGAGGUUAGGAGGAAGAAGGGGGGAAGGGGGAUUAGGGGUGGACUGAGGAGGGGGACGGUGGUGAAUGAUGAUGACGAGGAGGAGGAGGAUUGGGAUUGAGGGCGGUUGUUGGGUUCUUUUGUGGGAUUUGGGCAUAUUUUAUGUGGAUUUAUGCGUGAUUGCGCCAGAUGGGAUAUCUGGUCAGGCGGGGGCGUUUAUUCUACUUCCUUGCUAUCAGCUCAAGAUACUGAUGCACAGGGUAGUCGAAUAUAUGCAGCCCCUAGGUAACCCUCAUUUUUCUUUAAUCGAGAGGAAGGAAAACAGGCUAUGGCACUUUGAUGAUAUAUCGCCCACUGUUUACGAUUUGCUAUUCCUAACGAGCCAGCCAUCUCACCGUCCCUACCGACGAUGGGAGAUUGACUACGCACACCCCCGUUGGGCAUCUCGCCAUCGCCUUAUCCUCUCUACCUCCGGGUAUUCUUCCCAUAUCCUGAAAGAAGAGACAGGCUUUUUAUUUCUGGGUAGAACAGACCCAAAGAUACGCAGAGCAGGCGCCAAAGACCGGAAGAAAAAGACAAUAAUGCAGGAGAAGCAUGGUUUAUAAAGACAGCCAUUGUUUAUACUACCUACCCUUCAUCUCAACUGUUAAGUCUAGAUGAAGCUAGAGUGGGACGCAAAACCCUGUUUAAUAAACUAUUACUAAUAUCUCCAUUAUAUAUGCCUCAGAAAAUAUGUAUUUCCAUCUCUCAAGUAAAACAGUAGCAGUCCAUAGCUCUCAUAAAGUAUAUGGCUUGAAUAUACAUGUACAUGCACCCCUCGGGCGAAUGGCAAAUAGAACAACACCCCCCAACAAAAAAGGGGAAACCAAAGGCGGGGGGAAAGCUUUUAGUGAAAAAAGAAGAACAGUACGGAGCGUCUAUAUUAUUAUAAUACACUUCAGGAGAAAACGCGAUAUGAAAAAGAAAGAAAGAAAACGAGAAUGAAGAGAGAACUGUAACAUGUAACUAACUAACAGGAAAGGCAGUAAAACGAAAAACUUUGAACGGAAACAAUGAAAGAAGAGACAAGAGGGGACGAAAAAC